GGCUCCGGUUCGGUUCGGAUUUUCCGGUAGAAUUUUCCUCCGGUGGUGUUUACCCAAAAAGGACUAAUUGUUGGAGUUGGAUUUUUCUGGAAUUGUGGGUCCUUCGAGGCCUCUCUUUGAGUUGGUACUUGUUGAAGGGUGGUUAGUGGAAAGUUUGUUCUAGAGGUAGUGAAGGGGAAAGGAUGAACCCUUGGGGACUUGUUUGAUGUAAUCAAACUUUUUCUGAGCGAAGAAAGGGAAAAGGGUUUUUACUUUUACUCCAGAGUGUCAGGUGGUUGUCAACAUUCAGGCGUUUUGGAGGUGUGAUGAUGAUGAUUAUUUGAGGUAUUUCCGGCCUAUCGUCGUCGUGUGGUCGUCGAAGUGUUGAUUUUCUUUUGCUGGUUAACCAAGCUGGUGUUGAUUUAACCCGGAGGAGUUUGAUCGGUGCGGUGCCAGUGAGCAACCCGAACGGGUGGCUCGUCGUGAAAGAGAUUUCAGGAGAGCGUUUCGGUGACAGAUAGAUUGUGAUAUCUAUUGUGGAACGAAGUGAGAGCAGAUCCGAGAGCUUUCUUAACCCACUACGCUGAGAUCAGUUACAUUACAGCGGUCUUCCGGCGGGCUGUCGUAGGGGGAUGAUUGGAAAUGACAAUACAGUGUUCUACGUAAACAUAAACAUAAAGCGUCAGGUUUGAUCACAUCUGUCCGCUAUUCGUGCUCGGGACCUCAGAAGGAUAUCAUCGUUUCUCGGAUGCGUGCAAAGUGUUUGCUGCUGGCAAGUGUUCGAAACUACACGUUAUAUUUGCUCUCCACGCUUGAGUCAUCCCCCCAUUCUCCAUCAUCGGUGGGAGGCAAAAUUCGCGCGGCCACGGUGUGAAGAUAAUCGGAUUUCUCGACGUCGAAAGUGCUGUAAAUUAGCAAAUUUUACGAUUUGUGUGCGACCGUUUGGCGGAAAUUUAUAUCCGUUUUCUCGUGCGGGCAUUUCGCGUGAGCCUUCGACGGCCAUAAGUUUUGGGGCAAAAAGUUCUGGAUGUGUGUUUUCCCAUAAAGGGGCCUAAAGAAGCGUGUAAUUUUUGGCAGUUUGUCCGGAUGAUAAAUUACGCUCCACACUGCUCUUUCCCACUUUUCCAUAUGUGAGUGGUGUGAAAGUAUGGCGUUUUUGGGUGGCAAAAAGUGAGUGUCGGGCAAAGCGUUUGAGUAAAUGCAACGUUCAAGUGUUUGGGGCACCGGGAACCACUUUUCACUGGAAUGUACAAAGUUUUUCGUCAGCUCUGGGAAAAGCGAGUCCAAAAUGGCAAAAAAAAGAUGUUUAAUUAAAGUAAAAGCUGAAGCUGCAAUCCCAUAAAUGAAUGGAACCGUUUGCGUUACAACAUCAAUUUCAUUUCGAGAAGAAGUCGAGAAAUGAAAGCUUAAAAUAAAAUUAAGAAAAAAACCUAAAGUAGCAAAACGCAAACUAAUCCACUCCUCAGCAUCCCAGUUUUCUUAUUAAGGGAAAAAAAAACCCUUAGAAAGUGGAUAAUUGAAUCUGGUCGAAGCUAGUCUUGUGCUAGUGUUCUCGUGAUUGUGUUUUGGGUAUCCGUUAACCCCAUUUGUUGACUGCCUGGCAGCCGUUUUGUGGAUGAACAAAAUAAACUCACCCCCAAAUAACACAGAAAAGAGGCACACGAACCGAAUGGAACACGUUUAACAAUGUCGAGGAUAAUUAAAAUUUUACUAACGACGCUGCUGCUCGGAAAAUUGGGCCUGGCCAGCGGCGUUAGUAAUAAUCAUCAAUUAUCAUCACCCAUAUCAGACUCCAAGGAAGAUGGCGGCAGUAGCACCAGUACCAGUAGCAGUAGUAGCAGUAUCAGUUCCAGCUCCAGGGCCAACAUCCAGAGCAGUAGAAGCAGCAGUAGUAGUAAUCCUAGCCUCAGCCAGCAGCAGGGAGAGGUACGAGGAAGUGCCGCGGCAGCCACAUCCAGCAGGAGUCAGUUCCAGGGCUGGCAGCAACAUGUGGCCAUGGCCACCUCCUCAUCCCCCACAUCCCAGCAGUGGCCAUCGGUGGAAGGGAGAUUAAUAGACAAUAAACUACGAGACAAACUACUUUCAUUCGCCAGCAGCAGCAUCAGCAUCUCAGGCAGUGGAAGUGAGACGAGCCCGAGGAACAGGAGAAGUGCUGCCAGGCGGCGGGAGAGUGCCAUUUCCGGCGAAGAUAAGACAAAUAAUUUCUACGAUAAUAGAAUAAGCGAUGAGGAGCCGAUGGUUGUUCCGGCCAUUACCGAGGAGGUGUUGCCGGUGAGCAAUCUGACCGAGGAGCGGAUGCGGGAGGAGCGGGAGCUGCUGGACCAUCUCAAUCGAGAACAUUUUCCGGAUGGUGUCAUUCUGCUAACGGAGCCUGUGGAGGAUCUGGAAGAACCGUCGUCGUUGCCAGCGUUGCGGCCAAAGAAAAAGAAAAGAAAACAAUCGGCCCAUGAAGCCACCGAAGACGACACGAAUGCCGCCAGUUCCGGUGGCAAAAAAGGAGGACGCCGGAAAAAGGGCGCCCACAAGAAGAAGAAAAUCAAACGGAUAAAACCGAACAGUGGAAGCAUUCUUCAGCUGGAAGAGGAAUCGAGGACCCAGCAGCAGCAGCCCUCGUCAUCGGAAGACCAGAUAAAUUCUUCUCAAACCGGAGGCAGCGUAACCGAAUUAUCAUUAAACGAAUCUGACCGUCGUCGCAGGCCAUCGGGGUGGAAUCCGGAGGUCUCCGGAUCAAAGCAAAACAACAACCGGAAAAAGCCAGCGCAGAAACGAAGGAAACAAUCCUUCAGGAGCACCCGGAAACCGAUGACAAUCACAGAAACUGGUGACGGAGGAAAUUGGGACCGGAAGGAUUCUCCACCACCAAGUCCUGGCCUGGGCCUCGGAAGUAGCACGGUCACCAAACCGGGUCUGAUUGUGCUAAAUAGCGACGACAAUAUUUACGACCAGAAUAUGCAAAUCCAGCCGGUUGCAGCGGCCCUCAAGAGUGAUGAUGACGAGGAUGCUGCAAGUGAUGGCAGCUGGAGGAAGAAAGCAACGAACAAUGGCAAGAAAUUGACACCCGAAGAACGGGAAACGAGGAAACGACAACUUCGGGAGCAGAAACGACGAAAACAAUUGAAAAAGUUUGACAGAGGGGAUGUGCUGUUCGUACCGGCAAUACCGGAGGAGGAAGUCGCCAUCGUUGACACCGGAACUGGUGCUAGUGCUAGCGCCGAGAGCAGGGAGGAAGAUGCCAGGAGGACAGAAGGUGGCUCAGCAGUGACAGUUGCCUCCACCUCAACCGGUGACGGCAAACGGAUGGUGGAAACGGUUACGCUACAACGGAUCAUCAUUACCGGAGAUCUGUCCUGUAUGAAGGACAAUUUUAUUCCGGCCCCGGCGAUUGCCAAUGCAGAUAUCAAGUACCUGAGGCAGUUUGUUUACAUGGAAAUAUGGAAAAAAUACAUUAACGAGUGCGCCGAGUAUGGAGAGGAUCUGUGCGAGUAUGGCUGCUCCAACACGAUCGGUUCCUUCAUCUGCAAAUGCCCUAAAGGUCUUCGAACGACGGACAACAACAAAUGCAUGGAUAUCAACGAGUGCCUGCUGCGGAAUGGCCACGGACCUUGCCAGGAUACAUGUAUCAACACUUGGAGCGGCUAUCGGUGCAGUUGCUCGGGUCUGCCCGGAACCAGGUUGGGCGAGGAUGGCCACAGCUGCAAGGACAUCGACGAGUGUACGGUCAACAAUGGAGGCUGUUCGCACACCUGUCUCAAUACGCUUGGACGGGCCUUUUGCGUUUGCCCCGAGGGAUUUAUGCUGGACGACGACUGGAAAACGUGCGUCGAUAUCGACGAAUGCUCAAACCAGAAAUCGAUUAGACAAGAGUUCCGCUGUCGGGGGCCGUGUAUCAACACAAUCGGCUCAUUCCGGUGUCUGGAGGAGAUGGUUGGGGACGAAGACUCCAGAGCCGCCGGACAACUGUCCAAACAAUCAGCAGAUGGGCUUCUACUGACAGCAGCAUCCGAUAGUUCCUCUGCCGACGAUGAUGAUGAUGAAAAUGAUGGCGUCGAUACACUUUGUCCAGUCGGCUAUCAAUUCAACACGACGAUGGGCGACUGCCAAGACACCAAUGAAUGCAACUUGGCGAACGGAGGCUGUCAACAUCACUGCAUCAACGCCGACGGAAGCUUCUACUGUUCCUGCAAGUACGGCUUCAAACUCGACAACGACCGGCGGAAUUGUUUGGCGCUAAACGAUUCCUUGCACCUUUCGGAUGUGGCCUGUCCGCCUCUUUUCCCUCCGCGUCAUGGGUAUCUCGAAUGUAGCCGGCCACUGGAUGAGAUCGUCGAUGGACCCGACGGAGGACGGAUGAAGAUCAUCAAUCGACCUGGCAGCCAGUGUUUGCUGAAAUGUCCCACAGGAUAUCGACUGGAGGGAAAGUUUGCCAAAAUCUGCGGAACCAGUGGCGAGUGGAUCGGCGAUGAAAGUGGAACCUGUAUAAGAUAUCCUCAGCCUCGAUUGACCUGCCCGACGAGUGUCAACGUAGAGUUGCAUCCGAACGAGACGAGCCAAACGGCGGUCAAACUGAGGCGGCCCAAAACGGACGUCAGCUGGGAUCGGGACAUCGUGGCGGAACCUUUCUGGGCCAAACGGGACCUUCUGCAGCUGCCCCUCGGGGAAACCAAUAUCAGCUAUACGGCCAAGCAUCCGGUCUCGAAAUUGACCGCUAGCUGCAGUUUCACCGUUCAUGUGAUGGCUGGCAAUCCCCCGACGGUCGACUUCUGCCCGGACACGCAGAUCUACACCAUCGAAGGUCGCCAUCAGAGUGUCAAGGCCACCUGGGAGGAGCCAAUCUUCUCGGACAAUGUGGGCGUCGUCACGAUAACCAAGUCCAAUAGCCCGGGAACGGAUUUCGGAGCCGGGAGCCAUCUCAUCACCUACGAAGCGCACGACGAGGCCGAAUGGAGCGCCCGGUGCACUUUCAAGAUCGUGGUCAAUGUGAGCAAGCGGAAGGACGUCCAGCACUUUCAGCUUCCGAUUCUCUACAACCGGUUCUACUUUUAAUCGGGGCCAUAAAAGUUUCUUUUAAUUUCUUUCAAACCUCCCUUUAGGAAGGACUUUAGCGUCAGCAUCCAUGGAAAUGGUUUUGUAGUUAGUUGGGAUUGGGGGAAGAAGAAGGAUAAGCAGCUUACUUACGGUUGAAGGACUUUUUUAGUCCAGACAUUCAUUCACAUUUAAAUCCCCCUAGAAUCCCUCCUUUACCGUUGUUUUUAUUUUGCAAUUUGAAUCACAGUAAACUUAUCGUUCCCAUGGCACCAGCAACUGGUGGUUUAUUGAAGGAUAAUCGAACGACAAACAUAAUCAAAGAAGUUUUUCUUUCUUUUGAAUAACAGCAAAAAUAAAGGCUUGACGGAACACAAAAGUGAAAAUGAAUACAAUAAAUAGAAUGCUACGAGACGAUGAGCGAUAAUUAACCAAAUAUUUCCACGAGUAAGUCGAGAAACAUGCGCAUGAGAAAUUCAAAAAAGAAUUAAAAAGACAAAACAAGUGUAGUUUCACACAGUUUUAUGAUAAGAAUUUUAAUUGUUUUGUAAAUAGAGUUUUCUCGCUUCGGAGUUGAAGCUGAUACAAAGAAGAAAUAUUGCGAUAAUGAAAUCACAACACGUACAAUACGAAGAAGAAUGUUUAGCAGUGUAAAAGAAAACGAAAUUAUUGUAACAGAUAUCAUUUUCGCCUCAUAGCAAAACAAGAGAAGAAAAAAAACCAAACGGAACCAUAUUUUUAUGAAAGCGCCACAAACAGAAAAAGGAUUUGUAUAGAACGACCGGGUAGUACAGUUUCAAACUGCUUAUCACAAAUUGGCCCAACUAGGUGGAGAGUUUAUAGUAAACAGUAAUAAUAAUAAUAGUGAAGGAGGGGAGCGAAAAAUAUCAGCAUCAAAUUGCGGUGGUGCCCAACAUUCUGCAGAACAAGUGAAGUGAAAAGUAAAUUUCACAGCCAUUGCUUUCAUUUCGUAACCAAACCAGAACAUUCAAUAGAGACAGAGAGAAAGAACGAGAUAAAAAAAAACAUGGAAAAUAAAGCUCCCUU